AUGGCUGUGUCUAUUACCCUAAAGUCUCCGCGCAAUGUGCCUCGCGGUGUAUGGGAACUGGCCCGGUUACACACUCGUGAAGCCUGGCUAUGUUGGUAUCCCGCCAUCUGGGGAGCAUGUGUAGCCGCGGGCAUGCGAGAUGUGUCGCUGGAACUAGCGCCAUUUCUCUGUUUACUCUUCGGCAUCUGGGCCAGCGUGACAGCUACACACUGUGCAUUCUGUACAUUCAAUGAUAUAUGUGACCAAAAGCUCGACAAACACGUUGAGCGAUGCAAGGUCCGCCCUCUACCAGCUGGCAUGAUUAGCACCUCCGAGGCCGUGGUGGCUUUCAUCUGCUGGUUGCCUCUCACACUUGCCGUUACUUGGGGCACACUGGGUUCGACCGUCACAGUGGCCUUCAUUCCUGUAUGGGUGCUGAGCACCAUCUACCCGUUCAUGAAGCGCAUCAUGCCAUUCCCACAAGUUGUGCUGGGGGCAAUAAUUGGUGGUGCGGUUUUCCCGGGAUGGGUGGGAAUUACUGGAGACCUGAAGAAUCUGGAUCAAGCACUUCCUCUAUUCUUCGCUACAGUCGCGUGGGUUGUCUACUUUGAUAUCUUCUAUGCAACACAGGACCGUCCGGACGAUGAGAAAAUUGGUGUCAAGUCACUCGCCGUACUGAUGGGGAAGAAUGUGCAGACCCUUCUGGCGGUGCUAGGAGCUCUGCAGGUAUUUCUCUUUGCCGUCACCGCGCUGCGCGCUGAUAUGUCGCUCAUCUUUUGGGUGCUGGGACUGGGUGUGUGGAUGGUGAGUAUGCCGUGGCAUAUCCUGUCGUUGGAUCUCAAGGAUCGACAUUCGGGAGGUCGAAUUUUCAAGUCGAAUAUCAAGCUGGGCUUGUAUUUGACGGGGGUGUCUUUGUUGGAGCUGUUUUUGGUGCGCGUAUUUGAUAUUUCCCUGGCAAAUAUGAACAUGGAGCUGCGCUAG